UCAGUAUGGAUGGAAUACGGACGGAAGGAGUACAAAGCAGUGUCAGAACUGAACAGAGCCUGACAUUGGUUGAAAUGGUGACAAGGGCUGUAUUCAGUAGUUGAAGAAGAGAAAACAUGAUACAAUGGAGCAGGGAAAUUACACCAGAGUGAAAGAAUUUAUUUUUCAAGGACUGACCCAGUCCCAAGAGCUGAGCUUGGUCUUAUUUCCUUUGUUAUUCUUGGUGUACACAUCAACUGUGCUGGGAAACGUCCUCAUCAUGGUCACUGUGACCUGUGAGUCCCGCCUUCACACCCCCAUGUACUUCCUGCUCCGCAAUCUCUCAGUCUUGGACAUCUGCUUCUCCUCCAUCACUGCUCCCAAGGUCCUCGUGGACCUUCUGUCGAGGACGAAGACCAUCUCCUUCAAUGGUUGCAUCACUCAGAUGUUCUUCUUCCACCUUCUCGGUGGGGCAGACAUUUUCUCUCUCUCUGUGAUGGCCUUUGAUCGCUACAUGGCCAUCUCUAAGCCUCUGCACUAUGUGACCAUCAUGAGUAGGGGGCGAUGCACUGCCCUCAUUGUGGCCUCCUGGGUGGGGGGCUUUGUCCACUCCAUCGUGCAGAUUUCCCUGUUGCUGCCCCUCCCCUUCUGUGGACCUAAUGUUGUUGAUGGCUUCUACUGUGAUGUCCCCCAGGUCCUCAAACUCGCCUGCACCGACACUUUUGCUCUUGAGGUCUUAAUGAUUUCCAACAAUGGUUUAAUCUCUACACUAUGGUUUGUCUUCCUCCUUGUGUCCUACACAGUCAUCUUGAUGAUGCUGAGGUCUCACACUGGGGAGGGCAGGAGGAAAGCCAUCUCCACCUGCACCUCCCACAUCACUGUGGUGACCCUGCACUUUGUGCCCUGCAUCUAUGUCUAUGCCCGGCCCUUCACUGCCCUCCCCAUGGACAGAGCUGUCUCCAUCACCUUCACGGUCAUCAUCCCUGUCCUGAACCCCAUGAUCUACACCCUGAGGAACCAGGAGAUGAAGUCAUCCAUGAAGAGGCUGAGAAGAAGACUUGGACCUUCCGAAAAAGAAUAG